AUGGCCCCUGCUACGGGAGGAGUCGCUCCGCCCCCAGAAUCGGAGAGCCAUAGGUCGAUCCCAUACGACAUCAAGGACGAUACGAUACGUCCCCCACAACGACACGCCUUGCUUCACAUCCCAGACUCAUACGAGGCCGGCGUCCCGUGCCCGCUAAUAGUCGCGCUGCACGGGAAAGGCCAACCAGCCAAAGAAUUCGAAUACCACACUCAACUCUCCAAUGCGGCGUUCAAUGCGGACUCUAUCGUGGUGUACCCCGAGGGCGUCGAUCUACAAUGGACAGGCGACCCUGAGGCGCCGCCUCGAGAUGAAGUGGAUGACAUCCGGUUCAUCGACGUGCUGAUCGACCACGUCAUGCGCGACUACACUGUCGACGCCACGCGGGUCUACGUCGCAGGGUUUAGUAACGGAGGAGGACUCGCUGCACUGCUGGCGUGCGACCCGAGGGCGUCCGCCGGUAUCGCCGCGUUCGCUAUGGCUUCGGCCGCGGUUUACCGGGACGAGGCGCUCAAGGAGCCGCUGUUCAGCACAUGCCGCCCUUCGCGGCUACCUGUUCCCAUUCUCGAGUUCCACGGCGACGCGGACCCCGUGAUCCACUAUGAGGGCAAAACCACACCGGACGGGCCGACGUACGACGUCUACGAGUGGCUCCAAGGCUGGGCGAAGAGGAACGGAUGCGUUGACCUGGAGGGCAAGCGCGUCUUCCUGCACGGCGGCAAGGUGGAGAAGAUUGUCUGGAGUACCCCAGGCAAAGGCGACCACAGCGAGCAGCAUGUGGAGAAUGUGGUCGAGCAUUACAAAAUCGCCGGCUUCGGCCACGGGUGGCCGUCAAGAUAUCCGCUGAACAACGACAGCCAAGAACGACACGGUCCAACGUACUUUGACGCAACCCCGCUUGUGAUGGAGUUCUUUCGGAGAUUCAAGCGUGCUUAA